UUUAACACCUGUUUUAAUGGUAAGAGUAAUAAUAGUUUAUAAUAUAAUAGUUGAUUCCUCAUGUCAGGACUAUCGUAUAUAUGUGAUGAAUAUGGAUCUAACUCAGAAGAUAGCGAUACAGAUAAAGGCCAAGAAUUUGAUAGGCCUAAGUUACCUGCACCUAACUUAAGCAAAGUAGUAGUGGUGGCCUCUCACACACAUACAGACAAUCCAGAGCUUCAUGGUGGCAGGUCACGAUUGUUCCCUCAUGUUAGAGGAAACUGGGCCUCUUUUGUUUAUGUCAACUAUGAUCAAAUUGAUGCUGUUUGUAAUUUAAUUGAUAAAUUGGAAGAAGUUGUGGUAACAAAAAGUGAGUCAUGUCAUCGCUGUGAUGAUUUUCAUAUCAGUUUAUCUAGAACAUUUGUAUUGAAGUAUCAUUUUAUAUCAGCAUUCAGUUCCUCACUUCACAAAUGUCUUGCUAACACUGAAAGUUUUCAUCUUGGUUUUGGUGCAGUGAAAAUAUAUUGUAAUGAGGAUUGCUCAAGAACAUUUAUAUCUCUUGAAGUGGAUCCAUUUGCACAAAAACACUUACAAGAGAUAUCAAAUAAGGUUGAUCAAGUAUUGACAGAAUUUCAGUUGCCCCCAUUUUAUGAGAAUCCAUCAUUUCAUAUGAGCAUACUGUGGGUCAAUGGAGAUAAGAAGUUUGAACUUGAGAGUAUUCUGGAUGAAUUGAAUGAAAUCUUGUCUCAAGAGGUGGAAAAGUCUCUGCAUGCUGUAUUGGUAGAGACAAUUAAUUGCAAGAGUGGUAAUAAAUACUUUCAAUAUAAGUUGCGUUAAAUAUGGCUAUUCCAAACCAAACAAAUACAUUAUUUAACAUGAAUUCUCCAGAAAGUUGUAGAAAUAAAGUUUACAUAAACCCUAAUUUCAAUAGACCUCAAAGAAAUAUUCUACCAAGCAAUGGCUUUAUGCAUGUAAAUCCAAAUUUCCCACACUUAGUGUCAAACAUUCAGAACAGAAAUCAAAGUAAGAACAAGAUUUAUGUAAACCCUAACUUUAUAAAAAUCCAAGGCACUGGUGACCAAUGUAUGUCAGUUGCUGUUAAUCACGACAUUGGUUCUGUUCCAUGUUUAUACAAUAAGACACAGGGUCCAAACUUUCAACACUCUGUGGACGUCGAAGCAAAAGCUGUUUCACAGCCCGUGGCCCAUUCUCGGUACACUUUAGAUAGGCGUCAUGUAAUCGAAGCCUCUAUAAGAGAAUCAGUCCCAGAAAAAUCCAAUAAGACUUUCCAACUAAAUAAGUAUAAAACGGUUCAAUGGAAAGACGUUAAGAAUAAUCUAUGUGGCGAAAACAAUGUUAAAAAACAUACGACACAGGUACCCAUUUUUGAAGAGCAUUCUCACACUAACCAUGAAAAAAAUACUAGUAUAAAUAGAAGGAAAAAUAAAUUUAAACUUGUUAAUUACGAAAAUCCUGCGAAACAUGAAAAAUCUAAAAUAAACUUGGCCAAUAUUAAAAGAAAUUACAAAUCGAACCCAGUUAUUCAAACAAGAGUCAAGAAAAUAAAAGGAAAUUUAAAGAAAAAUAACAUACCCUGCCCCUCAUAUCGUAAAUUUGGAAAAUGUUUAAGAAGUCUACGUGGGAAUUGUGAUUUCCUGCAUGAUAAAAAGCAUAUCUCAAUUUGUCGAAAAUUUAUCAAAGGCCUAUGUCACGACAGUAACUGCCUAUUGUCUCACGACUUAACAACUAAGAAAAUGCCUACCUGUUACUUUUACUUACAAGGGACGUGUACUAAGGCAGAAUGCCCAUACUUACAUGUUAAGUUAAAUGAAAAGACAAAGAUAUGCCCAGAUUUUGUAAAGGGCUACUGUGAAAAAGGUAGUAAGUGUUUACAACGACAUGUGAAUGUUUCUACAAAUACGAAAAAUAAGCUCUCUUCCCAAAUAAAAGAACCAUUUAUGAAUAAACGUAAUCCGAAAAUAAUUAAAGGCAUUAAUAAGAUAGAACGACAACAGACCAAAGUGAUGCCGAAGAUGGAAAAAAGAAUUCUCAGUAGUGCUAAAUCGUUCGAAGAUGGAGAUGAAAAAUACUCUGAUCAUAAUAGAUACUACAAAGAACAGAAAGAGGACCAGUGUACUAAUGAAUCCUGUGAAAUAAAGCCCACUAGAUGUAAAUUAGGAACAUUACCCUCAUUCAUACAGUUAUAGUAUUUUUUAUAUUAUCAUGAAAAAAAAAACAAAAUUGUUUUUUCUGGGUUUCUGUAUUUUUUUCCAAUGGAAAGAUUUAACUAAAGAAGAAUUUAUAAUGCUUGAGUGAUGACAAGGAAAAUGACUUUAAAUAAGAUGGUAGGAGGACACUGUGAUAGUGUAAUAUUUUUGUACUGUUUUGUAAAAUUAAUCCAAUCUGUAUUGGGUUCAAUAAAAUAAAAUGUUUACCUAA